ACCGUGGGCUUUUGUUCCGAGGGCAAGAGGGAAAUGACGUAAAGUCAGCCCUUUCUGGGGAAAAAAAUCGUAUUGUAUGGUCAGGUCUACCCUUUGUGAAGCUCUGUGUUUUUAGCCCGAGAAGGUUGCGCCAGCUCCGAUCCUUCCCUCCCCAAGAUGGCCGCCUAGUUAGGGCUACAAGGAUCCUUUGCCUUCGCCGAACCUCCCCCCCUCAAGAUGGCGCCCUCGAUGUCCCACAGCGUGCCUUCCCUAAGAUGGCAGACAGCCCCGCCUCUCUUCUCUUCCCCUCCCUUCCCUUGUUUUGAAUAAACUUUAUUGAGAAGCCGGAGGGAAAGCAGGAUCUUGGGCCUCGUUGAGGCCUUUGCCGUCGCAGGAAGCCUUAAAAAGUAACCGUUUCCUGUCUCUCUCUCUCUCUCUCCCACCCACCCCACUUCGAAGGCCUCGAUCCUCGCGCUGGAGUAGAUGCUUCCCCCGUGGAAAAGGUUCCGGGAUCUGGCGUACGAAUCAGCAGAGUCUCGCGUCUGGUUUAAGGCCUAAGAAGAGAGGCGAGCAGCGCUCCGUUCCGGAAGAAGGAGAGCCGCGAUGCAGGACUUCUCCUGGGAGUAAAGGGAAACUUGGCUAGGAAUUGAGGGGCUUGGGAAGCCGACGCCGCCUUUCAGAGAGAAGCAAAAGCGAAGGUGCCUCGGGAGGGCGAGAGAGGCUGCAACGCUCCUUUGUGAGGCGUGAGGAAAAGCUGCGGAUCUCUCUCCUGGGCGAGAAGUUUGAGAGUCUCCCGUUUCCGAGGGAAGCUCCCCCCGAAUCUGAGGAAGGCGUCCCAGGAAGAUAAAGAUAACUGGAAGGGCGAACGGCUGCCAACUUGAGGGGUGGGAGGGAUGCGGAGAGUCGGGAAGUAUGAUUUUGAGGGCUUCAGAUUCUUACGGGGGGGACCCCAUAAAACUUUAGGUUAAAGUAGUGGGUUCAAGAGACGCCUUGUGAGGGGAUACACCCGUUGUUUCUGGGCAUGCAAGAAAGGCAAAGCUGACUUUGAAAGGGAGUGGAUGAUAUAUUUUAAGAAACACACACACCCUCCAUUAGAGGGGGGGAAGGCCGGUUUUUCUUCGGACUUCAGCAUGACCAGCUUCUCCAGCUUGGCGUAGCAGAUCGGCGGAGGUUGCCUGGUUCCUGGGAGUCUUCCUUCUUGGCGUGAACGCGGAGCAGCCACCGCCAUGGCCUCCGUCCCCGUGUAUUGUCUCUGCCGCCUGCCCUACGAUGUCACUCGCUUCAUGAUCGAGUGCGAUGUCUGUCAGGACUGGUUUCACGGCAGCUGUGUUGGAGUGGAAGAGGAUGCAGCAGCUGACAUUGACUUGUAUCACUGCCCCAACUGCCAACUUCUUCAUGGACCAUCUGUCAUGAAACGGCGCCGGGGGAACCCAAAGCAGCCUGAUGCGUCUGUGAGUAAAGAGGUUGGCAAGACAGUGAAGACUGGCAGUAGUCAGUUCAUCAAGGAACUUCGCAGCAGGACGUUUCCUAGUGCGGAUGAGGUGAUCCUAAAGCCAAGCGGAGCCCAGCUGACUGUGGAGUUUCUGGAGGAGAACAGCUUCAGUGUACCAAUCCUUGUUCUGAAGAAGGACGGGCUGGGUAUGACUCUUCCCCCUCCAUCCUUCACUGUGCACGACGUGGAGCAUUAUGUGGGUGCUGACAAGGAGAUUGAUGUGAUUGACGUGACACGCCAGGCCGACCUCAAGAUGCGCCUGGGCGACUUUGUCAGCUAUUACUGCGGCAGCCGGAGAGAGAAAGUGCUCAACGUGAUCAGCCUGGAGUUCUCCGAGACCAGGCUCUCUAACUUGGUGGAAACUCCGAAGAUUGUGCGCAAGUUGUCCUGGGUGGAGAACCUGUGGCCGGGGGAGUCGGUGUUUGAGCGGCCCAAUGUACAGAAAUAUUGCCUAAUGGGAGUGAAGGACAGCUACACAGAUUUCCACAUUGACUUUGGGGGCACCUCUGUCUGGUACCACGUGCUGCGGGGAGAAAAAAUUUUCUACCUAGUGCGCCCGUCGGCUGCCAAUUUGACGCUGUUUGAGGCAUGGAGCAGUUCAUCCAAUCAGAACGAGAUGUUCUUUGGGGACCAGGUGGACAAAUGCUAUCGUUGCCCAGUCCGUCAGGGGCAGACACUCUUCAUACCGACAGGGUGGAUCCAUGCCGUGCUGACCCCUGUGGACUGCUUGGCCUUUGGAGGCAACUUUCUCCACAGUCUAAACAUUGAGAUGCAGCUGAAGGCCUAUGAGAUUGAAAAACGCCUCAGCACGGCCGAUCUGUUCAAAUUUCCCAACUUCGAAACCAUCUGCUGGUAUGUUGGCAAGCACCUCCUGGAUAUCUUCCGAGGUCUUCGAGAGAAUCGCAGGCACCCAGCAGCUUAUUUGGUUCAUGGGGCCAAAGCUCUGAACACGGCUUUCCGCUCGUGGACUAAGAAGGAGGCCUUGACAGAGCAUGAGGAAGAAAUUCCUGGAACUGUUCGCCCAGCACAGCUCAUCAAAGAUCUGGCCAAGGAGAUCAGACUGGUGGAAGAUAUAUUCCAGCAGAACAUUGGGAAGACGGGCAGUCCAUUUGGCCUGCAGAGGGGUGCCCAGCCAGGUGCAGCUGCCAAAAAGGGAGACCAGAGUCCCAAGGAACAUGGUGGCCGGAAAGGCAGCCGAAAAGAUGCCGCCUCCGUCAAAGCCGUGGAGCUGGAGCUGCUGCGGAAAUACAAGCGGCAGGCCCUGAAAAGCCUGGAGAGUCCUGGUCAGGAGGAGUUUGACUUGCCCAGUUCUAGCCUAGAAGAUACAGAUGGGGAACCUGACCUGACAGAGGAAGAGCUGACCCUGGUGGUGGCCAAUGGCCGGGGCACGAGGAAAAUCAAGGCCUCAGAACGCACCCGGAGCAGGAAAGGCGCACGUGCACAAAUCCCACCGAGCCCAUCAGAUGCUGAGGCCCUCGAUAUCGACUCUGAGGAGGACCUACAGAUAGACGAGACCCCGCGCAGGGAAAAGAGGAACCUCGUGCUGCGGAAGAGACUCUCCAAAUUUCCCCGGAAACUACCACGCGCCAAACCUUGCUCUGACCCAAACCGAGUGCGAGAGCCAGGGGAAGUGGAGUUUGACAUCGAGGAGGACUAUACCACGGAGGAGGAGGAGGAUGCCUCUGGCGACGACCAGUUGGAAGGCAGCAGUAGCGCUGGUGGCAUCCUAGACCUCCUGAAAGCCAGCCGGCAGGUGGGCGGCGCAGACUAUGAUGAGCUCAGCGAUGCACCUGCCUCUCCCAGUACUCAGGAAGCGAUCCAGGGCAUGCUAUGCAUGGCCAACCUCCAGUCUUCCUCGUCCUCGCCAGGUGCAGGCUUGCAGGCCUGGCUGGCCGCUGGACAUGAACGCAGCUCAGCGGGGGCUUCUGGCACUAAGCGCUCAGGGAAGAGGGCCCUCAAGCGUCCGGCCCAUCACAGCACUGACAGCGAAGAAGAGGCCAGCAUGGAUGAGCAGGAGAGCCUGGGAGCCUGCUUCAAGGACGCUGAAUACAUUUACCCUUCCUUGGAAUCAGAUGAGGAUGAUCCAGCCCUGAAGUCACUACCAAAGAAGAAGAAAAGCACAGAUGACGCCCCAUGGAGUCCCAAGGCCCGGGUGACUCCAUCGCUGCCCAAGCAAGACCGCCCUGUACGUGAAGGGACCCGAGUGGCCUCUGUCGAGACUGGCCUGGCAGCUGCAGCAGCUAAACUGGCUCAGCAGGAACAUCAGAAGUCGCAGCGGCGGAAGCUUGUAAAAAGGAAGCCACUGUCUCCGAAGCCGCCCAGCCCAGAGCUGGAGCCGGAGCCGGAGCCAGAGCCAGAAUCCGUAGAAGCAGAAGUGGAGCCGGACUUGCCAACCCCACAACAGGAUCCAGAGGCAGGCCUGGGGGUCCCUGUGCCGACCUCUCCAACACCAGAACCCAAGCAGGAGCAGUUUGCCGGCAGCUUGGUGGAUCAUGAGUACACCGCCCGGCCCAGCGUCUUUGGAAUGGCCCAAGUGAAUCGUGGGUCCACGCCCAUGGCACCAGGUGUCUUCUUGUCCCAGCGGCGCCCCUCGGCUGGCUCACCGGGCCCUCAAGCAGCACAGGGGAAGCGCCCCAAGAAGGGACUAGCAACCGCCAAGCAGCGGCUUGGACGCAUCCUGAAGAUCCAUCGCAACGGCAAGCUGCUGCUCUGAGGGAGGUUCCCCCCCUCGUCCACUCCAGGCCUCCUGCCCCCUGGGCACCAGAGGAGGGGUGAGGCUCAGAGACCCAUUUGAAGGCACUGCUUUGCCAGUGUCCCCAGAGAGCUGCCAGGACUCAAGGGCACGGAUGAGGCCCGUGCUACCUCUCCCUUCCUUAUGUGGAACAGAGCCAGGACUGAGCUGCCCCUGCUACAGGAAGCGUUGAACUCAACCACGCUAGCUUCCCCUGGAGAGGCAGGCGGCGCCGAAGGCAGAGGUGUCUUCCCCACACCUGCUCACUCUCCAUCCCUACCUCGACCCAUUGCACUUCCUUUUUGUUCUGGGGCUGAUCCCUCCCUAGAGCUCUCCCCCUCUCUCUGCCAAGCCACACGUAGAGAUGUUGGUCAGUCUUCUGUUUCUCCUCAACAGCUUCAGUUGCCCUUCACACUUUUGCUGCUGCACUCAGACCCUGGCAUGCCAUGGAGUGGUUUUUAUUAUUGUUUUUUCCCCCUUUCCAACUUACUUCUCCCAGCAGGAAGCAACUGCCCAUUGCUUUUGCAGCUGUAGGUAGCCCUUCCUUCCUUCCUUCCCAAUCUUCUAAGGGGAUUCCUCCAAGGCACUGGUGGUGGGGAAGUGUGGGUGGACCUUGACCCUGCUCACCACAGACAGUCAUCCGCUGCCUGGCAGACUCCAUG